AGGUUCGAUCUGGUCAUAAUUCCAAGAUGGCGGGUGGAAUUGGUAAAGAUUCGCAAAUGGCAAGCACAUUUUCCAUCUGGAUAUUUCGAUGGAAAUUUUGGACUAUCUUUUAAGACGUCCCGUUUAUUUCGGAAAUUUCCCGGUCUUUCGAGGCGAAAUUGUUUCAUUAUUUACAUUCUGAUCGAAAUUUCCGGAAUUUUGGGGUAAAUGGUAAACAACCCGAGUUUCCUUGACUCUCUGGCCGUAACUAGAAAUUCUGAGGAAGCUUGAGUUUUUUUUCUCAGAAAUGCAAUAAAAGAGGGACUUCCCCCGCACAGUUCAACGGAAAUAACUCAACAAAAGCUGAUUUGUUUCACGCGCCUGAUGGGAGUUAAUAGCAUGUAGGAAAAUUAGCAUAAUCAGUAUUCAAUUAUUUAACUCUGAGUUCACUAGAUGUGCUGGCUUUUCAGCUGGCUUUUGAGUUCGUUGAUGAUGACUAAAAAUAUUCACUGAAAAUAUUCACUGAAAAUAUGCACAUGUAGCGAAUGAGCGAAAGAGCGCAGUAUGCCACUUGACUGGAAUUCUUGGAAAUCCGGAUGUCUUUCUGGGGACAUGAUUCAGAAGGAGGACAAAGAGCGACAUGAGCAAAAAAAAAUAAAUAAAUAAAUAAAACGAUGACAACAUAUGAAAUGAAAGCUCAACAAACGACGUUCUUUUUCCAUUUGUUUUCGAUUCGAUUCAAUUCUCGAUAGUUGGGACUCUCCUUCUCCUAGUAGGGACUCAAAUAAUAAAGAUGCAUGGGACUUUCCCGGAGUGGGUUACGAAAGUGAAAAUGACGGAGAGAUCUGGACCGUCAUCAUACAGACUCUGCGGCGGAAGUGAAGCAAGAAACGACUAAACAACGGAUCUAUAGACCUUAGCUACUUCUGUUCAGUUUCAUGGGAGCUAACAGCAGGUAAGAUCGAUUAUAUGACUGGUUUAUUCUCUGCUCAGUUAAUCUACGAAGCUGUUUCAGUUAUAGGGGAUUUGAUUUAGAGGUUUCAAUACGACGAUUCGGACAAACGGCAAAAUCUAAAUUUUGUUAUGCAUUUUAUAUACUUAACAUCAAUCUCGCAUGAGAUGGAUGUAUAUAUGUACGAUACAGGAUAUCGACUAAAACAAUAGUAAUCGUUUGUAAACUCAGCAAUGUUGUAGUUCAUUAAAGUACCGUAGAUAGUUAAUGAUGCAGAGGUAAGUGAUGCAAAUUCACAACACUAUGGCGAAGUUUACAAUGUCUUGUCGGCCGCUUCUAUGGCCGUAAGAUUCUAACUCUCAUUUCACCUUUCACAGACCUAGCCAACAGGGCUGAAAAGAGUUCUGCUUUAUAUUGUAAAAAUUUUGGUUUGAAUGUUUUAGCCGCGGAACCGCACGCAGCACCUAAACCUUUCACGCGCCUGGCUGAUUCAUGCACAUUGAAAUUGUCCUCCCUCAAUGAAUAUUCGGGGUCUGAUUAAUUUGGAAAGAAAUAUAACCAUGCAAGCUUAUAACCUUAACGCUGUAGAUUAUAGGGAGCAAAACUUCACAAGACCGAACAAAACAAUCCAUAACACCGCAAACGUCAUCAGGAACAUGCCAAUACAGCUGGGUUCUUCGUGAGUCAUGGAAGCCGGAAAUGGAUUAUGACCUGAUACGAAUGGAGAAACUCAUUGCCAUCAAUGAUUUUUCUUAAUAAAGGAAAUAGUUACCAUUCAUUGCCUAAUGAGGAAGGUAAAGCCAUCCAGAGGCAGAAUAGAAACACGCCUUUGGAUCAAAAAAAGAAGAAUUUGAAAUCUUACCAGUCAAGUAAGAAUCAAGAUGAUAUGGAAGUAGACAUCGGCGAGAAAUUGGAAAAGAACGUGUUACAGGACGGUGCUCAAGUUCAUGAAGUCAAAAAUAGUGCCAGUUGUUCUGUGACUAAAAGCCUGGAAGUGGACAAUGUAGGCGACUCCAAUGCAAUAACUGAGAUUUUUAUGGAUGGUGAAAAGGGAGAUAUCAUUACAGAAAGCGAAGUAAUCAUUUCUUUCUCUACUAACUCAGCAGAACCUAAAUACGCCGUUGAUCAAAUCGAUGGUGCAAUUGGACCUGUAAUUGGCUCAGUUGCAUGUGACCGUUUUAGCCAUGGCAGUAGCAACAUUGUACUUGCUGAAGAGAAAAGUACUUCUGACCAAGGAGGCGAUGUUAGUGGUGGAACUGGACUUGUUCAUAGUGACCAUGGUGGCAAAGUCGGUGGUAGCCUUGAAACUGUUGAUGGUAAAAACGCUUGUGACGGAGGUGGCCAUGACAAAAGUGGCAUUGGACCUUCUGAUUCUAGAAAUAUUUCUAACCGAGUUAGCCAUGACAAAAGUGGAACUGGACCUACUGAUGGUAGAAAGGCUUUUGACCAAGUUAACCAUGAAAACAUUGGCAUUGGACCUGCGGAUGGUAAAAUGAGUUGUGACCGACUUGACCAUGCCAAAAUUUGCAUUGGAUCUAAUGAUGGUAAAAAGACUUUUCAUCGAGUUGACCAUGACAAAAGUGGCUUUGGACCAACUGAUGGUCAAAAGACUUGUGACCGAGUUGACCAUGACAAAAGUGGCUUUGGACCAACUGAUGGUAAAAUGACUUGUGAUCGAGUUGACCAUGACAAAAGUUGGUUUAGACCUACUCAUGGUAAAAAGACUUGUGACCGAGUUGACCGUGACAAAAUUGGCAUUGGACCUACUGAUGGUGAAACGACUUGUGACCGAGUUGACUAUGACAAAAUUAGUAUUGGACCUGCUGACAGUAAAAUGACUUGUGAUCGCGUUGACCAUGACAAAAGUGGCUUUGGACCCUCUGAUGGUAAAAAGACUUUUCAUCGAGUAGACCAUGACAAAACUGGCAUUGGACCUACUGAUGGUAAAAAGACUUGUGACCGAGUUGGCCAUGAAAAAAGUGGCAUUGGACCUUCUGAUGGUAAAAAGGCUUGUGACCGAGUUGGCCAUGGCAACAUUGGCAUUAGACCUACUGAAGGUAAAACGGCUUGUGACCGAGUUGGCCAUGACAAAAUUGGCUUUGGACCUGCUGAUGGUAAAAAGACUUGUGAUCGAGCUAACCAUGACAAAAGUGGCUUUGGACCUACUGAUGGUAAAAAGACUUGUGACCGAGUUGGCCAUGACAACAUUAGCAUUGGACCUAGUGAUGGUAAAAAGGCUUGUUAUCGAGAUGACCACGAUAAAGGUAGCAUUAGAUCUGCUAAUGGUAAAUCUCCUUUUGACUGUGUUUUCCAUGCCAUUGGAAGCGUUGGACUUGGUGAUAGCAAGGCUGUUUGCGCCCAUGUUGGCCAAACCAGUGGUACCAUUGGUUAUGCCGAUGGUAAAGAUGUUGAUGACCGUGUUGGCCAUGCCAGUAGUAGAGAUGGGUCUGCUGAUGAUAGCAAUGCUUGUGACCGUGGUGGUCAUGGGGGUAGUAGCAUUGGAGCUCCAGAUGAUAAAGGCGCGUUUGGACACCGUGGUGACAUGAGUGGUGGGAUCGAAUUUGUUUAUGAAGAUGAUUGUGACAGUGGUGGAGAAGUCAGCAGUAACGUUAGACAUGCUGAUGGUAAAGAUGUUUGUUACCGUAUUGAAGAUGACAGUAAUAGUACUACUAGUGAAGAUGGUGAUGAUACUGGUGGUGCUUGUGGCAAUAACAGUGGUGGCAUUUGGUAUACUGAUAGUCAAGAUGCUUUUGACGGAAUUGAUAAUGGAAGUGGACUUGUCGAUGGUACACAUCCUAGUAGACACGUUAUGGCUGCCUGCCUUGCUGAAGUCACUAGUGAAGAAGCGUUUUAUCUAAGUGAGACCAGUUUCUAUGACACCGAUUAUAGUGAAGUGGCUUCUGACAGCUUUGUAGAGGAAUAUGCAAGUGGCGAUGGUGUGAUUCAUUCUUUUGAAGAAAGAGUGGAUGCAAAUGGUGGUGAUGCUUACGACGACUACUUUAAUUACUGGGAAGGUUAUGGAAAAGUAAUAAACUGUUGGAAUGAAGAAGGAGAAGAAGAAGAAGAAGAAGAAGAAGACUACUGGGUCGAAGGGUAUGAGGAUGACAACUACUUAGAUUACCCUGGAGUUCUUGUGGACAACACCAAGAAAUCCCAAAAAGAAAGCAUUAACCUCUGUCAUUUUUCUGCACACAACCCUCAGUCACCAGUUGCAUUACCAGGACCACUCUUGCCACUAACAGAUGAAGGAAACGGUCAAGGCGAUUUUAAAACGUCAAAAGGAGCAUUUAACGAGGACAGAAACAGAAACAGCAGAAGUCUUCCAAAAUGCCAGUUGAGUCGCAGAAAGACUGAGAAUGAUCUUGAGACACAGUCGUGUGCAAAGGCUACGUUGGAUGAACAUGUUCUCAUGGUCAGUGGACUGAGCGAGAGAACUACCAAAGACGGAUUGCUCAACUUUAUUGAGGUGGUAAGUGGCGGAGAGGUCAAAGACAUCACCAUGAUGAAGCAAGGGAACGCUUUAGUUACCAUAUCAACACAAGUACAAGCUAUUGCAAAGAUGAAAGAGAAAUGUAAGAAGAGAACGUUGGACAAAAGCACAGUUACGAUUGAAACUAAACCUGCCCCUACAAGUAUACUGGUCAGCGGCUUCUCCCCCAGCGCCUCUGAGGACCUUGUGAGGUUGUACUUCGAGAGUCCUCGCAGUCAAGGCGGGGCAGUGGAAAAAGUUCAUUUUACAAGCAAGAGUGGGCAAGCUGUUGUUGUUUUUAACGACACCAAAGAUAUGAAAAGGGUCUUAGAAAGGCAGGAAGAGCACCCACACGUUUUGGAUGGCCGACAAUUGACAGUGUCAGUUUUCCACGAGUUUCUUGAAGACUUCAACAGCGACCCAGUAAAUCUACCGAGUUCUUUCCCUACUCACGGCAAGUUUGACAGAAAGCAAGUAACCCAGCAGUCAAUGCAGAAAGAAAUACAGCGGCAAAUUCAUUUGGCUGUAGAUCCCGAUAUAAUGGAGUUUGUCUACGAAUCAUCCCAUCUAGAUCAGUUGACGACAUUGCUGAAGGAUGAAGGAGGUGUGAUAGAUUGGAAUCCGGGAAGCAGACAUGCUCUUAUCAGGUGCACUGAAAGACUAAAUGAUUAUUCUUGUCAGUCUCUAUGCAUAGGUAUCGUGCAGUCGUUUCUCGACCAGUUUAUGAAGUGGGAUGUCCGAAUAGAAGAUGACCUAAGGAACAAUCUGCAAGCGGGUUCCAUGUCUGCUGUUCUCAGUUGCCCAGGGGAUGAUCCUCCACUCGUUAGAAGCAUCACCCAUGAUUCAACGUUCUACUUGAGGAUUGUGUCACUGAAAUCCAAGAUGGAAUUCUACGAUGAAAUACUCCAGGAAAAACUGGUGGAAAUGUACCGUCUGGAGAAGAAAAAGAGCUAUCGGGUGGAAAAAAUAACGAGCAUCCCAGAGGAAGAAGUUACGUUGCUGAGAAAAAUAAACUUCGUACAAACCCUUCAAGACGAAUUCAAAGAAUUGACGGUGGAGUUUGAUGCCGAGAGCAGGGAAAUCUACCUUGAAGGACCUCAGGAGGAGUUGAUAUGUGCCAAAAAUCGAUACCAAGUACUGGAAGGUAAAAUGACAGAAAAAGAAUUGCAUAUGCCUGAAAGUAUCUUGAAGGUGCUAAGUACAGUUGAGGGAUUGCAAGCUGUAGAAACCGAAAUGGCGACAAACCAGAUAGAAGCUGUACUUGUACUCCAGGAGAAUGACGAGGCCAACCCACACUGCGUAGCUGCCAAGUUGUUGGGCAUUUCACCCGACCAUGCAAAAAAGGCAUCCAAUCUUAUCAGCAGUUUGACAGCAGAAACGAUGGUAGAAAUUGAAGAGAGAGAUCUCCUUUUAACAACAACGCCUGAAUGGAAUCAGAUUUGUGACGAGAUCGUUCAAAAUGGCAAGGUGGCAAUCCAGAGAGAUGAUACAGGCAAGAUGUCGGUCGGUGGCUUCUCAAGAGAUGUCAUUAGUUCAGUGAAACGGUUGAACUCUUUCCUCAAAGACAAUGCCGCGGAGGAACUGACAGAAGAACUUCCCUGCCCGUCAAAAGACGCAAGGACGUAUAUAAGGAAAUGCCGGGAAGACGAUUUAACAGCAAUAGAAAAGAGACUGAAUAAAUUUGAUGUUAAAAUUCUCGAUGGAGCAGAUGCCAAGAAGUUUGUCAUAUCAGGCCACCAGGGAGGCUUAGCACUUGCUAGGCAAACUGUAAAUACACUCGUUCAUAGGAUAGUGACCAAGGAAAUGAAACUAAAACAGCCGGGGCUUCGCACAUUCUUUUCGAGCGGCAAGGCAGGCUAUCUUGUGGAAAAAGUUGAAAAAGAUCAGAAAUGUGUAGUUCGAGUGGAGAGAAUCUUCCCGAACAUCAAACAAGAGCGGCCAACAAGAGCGGCAGCAUUUGCUGAGUCAGACUCUACGGACAGCGAAGAUGAUGAGAUUAUCUGUGUCGAGGACAAGUCUAGGACACCCCCAUCGAAUCAUGCGCCUUCAUUUUCCGUGACAACGCAAGGGCACACUAUCUCAUGGAAAACUGGGAACAUUGCACAGGAACAGGUUCAUACAGUGGUAAGUUCUCAAGGAGCAUGCGCUAAUGCAGUAAAGCGUUCCGCUGGUCCAGGAAUGCUAGCAGUGGCGCCACCAGCCGGGGAGAUUCGAGUUUCCACUGGAUUCAAAUUGCCAUGUCAACACGUGAUCCAUACACGUUGUUCAGAGUGGAAAGGAGGGGUUGGAGAAGGGACACUGAGGAACAUCGUCCGGAAGUCUCUGUGCAAGGUUGUUGAACUCAAAGGAAGCUCCAUCGCUUUUCCUGUAAUUGGAACUGGAAAUUUACAAUUUCCUCAGAAUGAGGCGUCGAGAAUCAUGUUAGACGAAGUGAUCAACUUUUGCAGCAGUAAUCCACAUUCUUGCGUGAAGGAUAUUCGCUUUGUUGUCUUUGAUCGAGAUCAAAGUCUGAUUGCCGCAUUUCAGCAGGAGAUGAACUCUUUGCAAGCACGCUUGGGAGGAACCAUCCCAAACCCCAGCGAAGUGACGUGGUGGCGAAAAGUAGAGGUUGUUCAAGGUAACCUUAUAAGGGAAAGAGCCGACGCCAUUGUCAACAUUAUUGGGAAGGACAUGAACUUGUAUAGGGCUGGAGAACUAAGCAAAGCAGUGGCCAAGGCUGGCGGAGAGCAAGUGAUUCAAGAAUGCAGGAGAGUGGGACAGCAACCCGGAGGGUCGGCUGUUAUGACAAGGGGCGGGAAUUUACCCGCGCUUCACAUCAUCCACCUAGUGCCAGACUCCUCAAACAAACAACAUCUCCAGAGCUGUCUUGAAAAGUGUCUCCUCCUCGCUAGCUCGAAAGGUUUAAGAUCCAUAGCAAUCCCAGCCAUCGGAACAGGCGCUUACCACAUGACUGCGGCUGAUUCAGCACAGUUGACCUUCCAAGCUUUAGGAAAUGUAAGAGGAAGCUGCUCAAGCUUCUCUCGAGUCAGAGUUGUGAUUUAUCAGCAAGAUAUGCUCGGCGCCUUCACCCAAGAGCAUCAACGCGUCAUGCAGUUUCAAAAACGAGAUUCACCAGUAGGCGAGCCGAUGGCGUCUACAGCAAAACCGAAGUCAGUGAAGAAAGUUUUGGGAAAAAAGAAGAAGAAAAAGCGGCCGUCAGUGACGUCAUCAGGAAGCGAGUCGACUCUCCAUAUCUUCGUCACUGGCGCGAAUGAAAUAGCAGUAAGCUGCGCUUUAGAUUCUUUGAAGACAGGGUUCUCUGAGGCCUGUACUAGUCAAGUGAUUUCAAACGAAUGCGUAAGUCAGCUGUCAGAUAAGCAAGUCAGCCUUCUGAUACAGAAUUCGAAAAUGCGAGAUGUUGAGCUCAAAGUCGAACCUGCGAAGAAUGGAAUUGAAGUUCGUGGGGAGGCAAAGGAUGUAACAGUGGUGAUCGGGGAGAUCUGGCGCGAGCUCAACGAAAGAUUAAAACGAACAAGAGCCCGCGAGCACGCCAAACUGCUGUCCAGUCACGUGGAAUGGUGUUAUGUUCUGUAUGGCAAAACCAGGCGUUUUAGUUCGACAAAAAACGCUAAGAUCGAGGAGGCGUACAGCAAACAAUGUCUGAGCGUGACAGUUGAUGUUCGAGGAGAUAAGUUUCGACUGGAUUUAAAAAAAAACACAGGGAUAGGCAGUCUGUCAGGGGAACGCAUCACUAUCAACCGCAAGGCACUGGGCCCGUCUGAAGUCGUAGGAAUUUCUUUGCCCAGUCACUGGACGCCAAUGCCAAGACAGCCGAACGGAAAUGAGGUUACCGUGCAUACUGUAAGAGUGGCGUCCCACUCGUCUGAGUUCCAGAGUGUCCUGCAAGAAUUUCAAAAGACUGCAGGCGCUGUAGCCAUUACGAGUAUAAAGAGGAUUCAAAAUCCACUGCUUUACCAGGCCUAUCAGCUGAGGAAGCAAAAGAUGGACAAGGACAACGGAGGCAACAAUGAACGACUUCUGUUUCACGGGACAGCGUCAGGAAACGUGAAAAAAAUCAAUUCCCAAGGAUUUAACAGGAAUUUUUCAGGGGUGGCUCAUGGCACCGCCCUGGGUAAGGGAGUUUAUUUCGCCAGAGAUGCCUCCUAUUCAAUGAAGUACACUCUCCAGGGUACUGGUGGCGGUAGGUAUAUGUACCUCGCCCGGGUCCUGGUCGGGCGAUAUUGUCAUGGUGACCCCAAGUUGGUUGUACCUCCCUCAAGGGAUCCUUCGCGACCAGAAAUUCUGUUCGAUUCUGUGGUGGACAACACAGCAAACCCGGGAAUUUUUGUUGUAUUUUCUGACAGUCAGUGCUACCCAGAGUACCUUAUUACGUUCUGAUGGAAAGAAAUGGAAACUUGGGCUAAUAAUACCAUAACUAAUAGCAAAAUUUGUAACCAACCAGCAGAGAUGGCGGAGCGCAUUUUUAAUUUGGGGAGGUGGAAGGGGGGCGGGGGGCUUACAACGAGCGCCAGAGGCGCUAACUUGUAGGGGGUCUGGAGAUAUUUGUGAAAUUAUUAUUUUAUGUAUUUUUUGCUUGAAAUUGGUGGGGAGGCUUUACAGCCCCCCCGCCCCACUCCGCCGUCCCUGACCAGAACCAAAAUUUUCAGCAUAAAAAUUGUAAAUUAUGUUGUUGUAAAGAUUGUUCGUGAUAGCCAAGCAGUAGCUAUACAUAGCACUAGUUAU